AUGAAAUUCUCAACUGUCGCUGUUGCUGCUUUAGCCACUGCUGUUGCAUCCGUCUCUGCCAAUUUCACUAUUUCUGAACCUUGGGGAGAAACCACUUGGACAGCUGGUGGAACUGGUGUCGUUGCAUGGUCUGCUUCUACCGACCUUCUCCAAUCUCUCUGUGAAAUUCACCUGUUGACCGGCAAUGCCAGUGAUGCCACUUUCGUUACCAACUUCACUGCUAACGGUAACUUGGUUCCUUGCAAUUAUACCAAGGCUAACCUCCACCCUCUUCCCGACUAUGCUUCUGGUCAAUACUUUAUCCGUAUUGGUCCCAAUGGUGUUGUUACCGAUCAAUAUGCCUACUCUGGUCUCUUCAACUUUGUUGGUAAUGGCACUGUGCUUCCCGAUGGCGAGACUCCCGCCUCAACUUCUACUGCUGCUGCUGCCCCUGCUGUCACUGACGCUGCCGCCGAACAGUCAGCUUAA